CAGUGAAAGAAUGACGUGACGAUUCACGCUGUUUCAACAAACCAUGUUCUUUAGCAUUGUUUAUGUUUGCUACCACGCCCAAGGGCUUGAAAAGCAAACAGCAAAUUUCCCGGUUGGAGAAGCAGAGCAUGUACAAGUUCCAUUUUCACCAAAUUCUUCGCAUUUUUCUCUGUAGCUGGUUACAGUGUUGACCAAAAAUGCAAACGCUUUGUGUUUGUGGAGAUAAGCAAUGGCGUUUCGACGCCGAUUCAUUCUUCGGCUCUCGCCUGUCGUUUCCGACUACUCAUUUGUCAUUUUGGCCACCCAGAAGAAGUUCAGUAGUGUCCAUGGUGGUUAAGCGCAGCCCCAAGCGUCUCAAAUACACCACUGGUUCUCGAUUCACCAAGGAAGAUGGAUUGGUGUACACUGAAGCAGACCCAUCUGCCUCUGAUUCUUGGAAAUUGGAACCGAUUGUCAAUCUCUUGAAACAAGGUGCGGUCGGAGUUAUCCCCACUGAUACCCUGUAUGCAAUAGUAUGUGACCUUAGAAGCCACUCUGCCAUUGAACGUCUUCGUAGAAUCAAGAAUAUAGAAGCUUCAAAGCCUCUUAGCAUCUUGUGUCAUUCAUUUCGGGACAUAGACAAGUACACAGCUGGAUUUCCACGUGGUGAUGGUCAAGGCCAUGCGAAUUUAUUCAAAGCUGUUAAGCAUCACUUACCUGGUCCUUAUACAUUCAUCCUAAUUGCAAGCAAAGAAUUACCUAAGCAAUGCAUAAGGUUUGGGACGUCUUCUGCCAAAUAUGCAUCAAGAAAAAAUGUGGGUGUACGUAUGCCUGAUGAUGCCAUUUGUCAAACAAUACUGAAGGAGAUGGAUGCGCCAUUGAUAUGUACAAGCAUCAAGUUCCAGAAGGAAGAUGAAUGGAUGAUUGACCCAGUUAUAAUAGCUGAUACAUAUGGACCAGAGGGUCUUGAUUUUGUUAUUGAUGGUGGUGUAAGAGUGGCCGACCCAUCCACGGUUGUUGACAUGACAAAAAUGCCUCCCAAAGUACUACGACAGGGAAAGGGUCCUAUUUUACAUUGGAUGGAAUUUGAAGAUGAUCAGAAAACUGAGAUCGAUAAGGAUCUCAUCCCUGCCGGCAUUUGAAAGAAAUCAUCCUCUCCAUUGAAGAUUUAGCAUUCCAAAACCAGUUCAAUACUCUUACCGACUUUGCUUCAAGCUCUCGUAGAAUUGGACUCAUUUUUCUUUUAUGGGGGAGGGGCAAAAUAGGAAAAAAAGAAAAUGUAUAAACACAUGAACAAACGUGAGAAUGUAAAGGAUAUAAUUUCAUGUAAAUAAAAGUUCAUAUUCGCCAACCUAAUAAUGAAUUUCC